ACGGUCCGGCCGUUUGGGCCUUGAAUACACCCCUUUAUAUAUGUACCACCUGUCAUACAUGUUACCUAAGCUACCGCGUCUAUCAGCCAGAUCGAGUGCAAGCGACAGCAGAUCGAGUGAUCAGAGCAAACGGUGAGCGCGCGCUACGUGAUUCGUGAAGGAAAUGGCGACCAUCAAAGCCAAGGUCCAGGACGCCGCCUCCUCCGCCAAGGCCGGCAUCGAUAAGGCGAAGGCCACGGCCGGCGAGAAGGUAAAGAAGGCGACGACGACGGACCCGGGGAAGAAGCGCGAGGCGGAGGAGAAAAAGGAGGACCGCAUGCACAAGGUCGACUCCGACGAGCGCGAUGAGAAGGGGGACCACGCCGCCGAGAGGUCCGGGAGGCGCACCAUCGUCACCGGCACCUAGUUAGCUUCUGGCUAGCUAGGCCCACUGACAGCAUGUACUACUAGUAGCGUAAGUAACCUCGGUUGUAAGCGAAUCGAGGAAUCAAAAUAAGCGGCAGUCCGUCAUAGAAUGAGGUUCGAUUCGAUCCUUCAUCUUCUAGGCUUAUAAAUCUGAUCUUUCGAAAAAUGCGACCCGUCUCUAUCAUCCUCUAGGAUCAUAUAUACUCAAACAAUCUUUCACACAAGUCUGUUGUGAUGAUGUCUUAGUCGAUGAUGUCUGCUUCAUUGCCGACGGGCUACGUUCUGUAAUCGAUGAGACACUCAAAGACAGAGAAAUUCCAACCAGCCGGUGGUUGGAAGUUUUUGGUCA